AUGGGCUUGACUCUGAGGGCAAAGGAGAGCCACGGAGAGUUUGGCCUCGCAGCCAGCAUCCCCAGCGGCCCGUGCGCCCCGGCCAGGAGGGACCUCAGCGCUGUGGCGGCUGCAGACCUCACCUGGGCAGGCCCCGGGCUGCAUGCAGACCGCCGGGCACCCAGGACCCUAGAGGCAACCAGCGGUCUGAAUCCGCACAGCGGCCCUGGGGAAUGGAUGGUAUCCCCGGGAGAGGUCAGCACGGCCCCUCCCGUGGGUGUCACAGAGACCGAUGCGGGUCCCGCUCCCCGGGAAGGAGUGGGUCUGGGUCCAGUCCGCAGGACCCCCUCGCGGACGCUGACGCAGAAUGGAGUUGAGGUGGCAGCAGCGCUGGACCCCAGGGUCCCUGCCUGCCUCCUGGGGAGCCCGGUGACCCAGGCAGCCCUGCCUGGCGCCAGGGACGCUGCCAGCACGCAGGCCCCGACGGAAGCCGAGACUGCGCUUCCUGCGAGGCCCGGGCAGCAUCGGCGGCGAGGUCAGAGCGAGUCUCGGAGAAGAUGUGGUGGCUUCCGUUUGUUGGUGGAGGAGGUGGCAGGCCUCGGCGGUGACUCGAAGAAGCCUUCCAAAAAGCGUGUGAAAAGGGAGCCCUACUCUACUACCAAGGUGACUUCAGGGAGCACAUUCAAUGAGAAUACAAGAAGAUAUGCUGUGCACACCAACCAGUGUCAGAGACCUCAUGGCUCCCCGGUAAAGAAGAAGAUGUACCCACAAGAAGCCUCUGAGGAGCCUCCAGCUCACAAGGACAGAGGAGAUGGAGAGAGGCCGGUCGACGCGAGGGUGGUGCAGGUGGCCCCUCUGAGGUUUGGCUCUGCUCUUUGUUGGGGUGCUGUACAAGACAUCUCUGAAGAAGACACUGUAUACGACAUCUGUAAUGAGGAUGCUGUAGACAUCUCUGAUGAGGACACUGUAGAUAUCUCUAAUGAGGCUCCUGUACAUGACAUCUCUAAUGAGGCUGCUGUAUGUGACAUCUCUAAGGAUGCUGUAAACAUCUCUGAGGCUGCUGUACGUGACAUCUCUAAUGACGCUGUAGACAUCUGUAAUGAGGCUGUUGUACAUGACAUCUCUAAUGAGGACACUAUAGAAGACAUCUCUUAUGAGGACACUGUAUACGACAUCACUAAUGAGGAUGCUGUACGAUACAUCUGUAAAAAAGAAGAUGCUACCAAGGAGCCAUUGACACUGGAGAACGAUUUGAUUGUGGAGAGCAUAUCUGAUGAUGAGGAUUUUGCAGCUCCUUGUGGGAGUGCUGUACAAGACAUCUCUGAAGAAGACACUGUAUAUGACAUCUGUAAUGACGCUGUAGACAUCUCUGAUGAGGACACUGUAGAUAUCUCUAAUGAGGCUCCUGUACAUGACAUCUCUAAUGAGGCUGCUGUAUGUGACAUCUCUAAGGAUGCUGUAAACAUCUCUGAGGCUGCUGUACGUGACAUCUCUAAUGACGCUGUAGACAUCUGUAAUGAGGCUGUUGUACAUGACAUCUCUAAUGAGGACACUAUAGAAGACAUCUCUUAUGAGGGCACUGUAUACGACAUCACUAAUGAGGAUGCUGUACGAUACAUCUGUAAAAAAGAAGAUGCUACCAAGGAGCCAUUGACACUGGAGAACGAUUUGAUUGUGGAGAGCAUAUCUGAUGAUGAGGAUUUUGCAGCUCCCUCACUGGACAGGAUAGACUGGGCACCCAGGCCUCAAGAUAACCCUGAGAAAUAUAUUGACUGUCUCCACAGGGCUUAUGAUUUCUUCUCAGGUUUGAAAAAUGCCCCCAGAUGAGCAAGACGGGGCUGCCACAUUGAUGGAGCAGCUGCGGGACACACCCAAGAAACCUCCUGGAGAACACAGGGGACAUUCACGGCUGGAGGCUGCAUCUAUGGCCGGGGUUUUCAUCCAUGAGCUGGGGACUUCAUCCAUGGGCUGAGGACUUCAUCCACUACUGGGGACUUCAUCCAUGACUGGAGACUUCAUCUGCGACUGAGGGCUUCAUCCAUGGGCUGGGGGCUUCAUCCAUGGGCUGGGGCCUUCAUCCAUGACUGGGGGCCUCAUCCAUGGGCUGGGGGCUUCAUCCAUGGGCUGGGGGCUUCAUCCAUGACUGGGGGCUUCAUCCAUGGGCUGGGGGCUUCAUCCAUGACUGGGGGCUUCAUCCACGACUGGAGACUUCAUCCAUAGGCUGGGGGCUUCAUCUACAGCUGGAGACUUCAUCCACAGCAGGGGCUUCACCCUUGGCUGGUUUGCCCGAUCUGUAUCUGAGCCACAGAUACAGAUUAUUAAACAGAUAAUAAUUUUACUGACUUUCACUUUUAUCGUUUUUGUUAUUUAUAGUUUUUGUUUCAAAAGUUGUUUGUUGAUAAUUUAAUGAAAUAACGAAACCAGAAUUAUCCCCUUUUAAUUAUUUCCUUGUGUCUAUAUAGAAAGAGUGGAUUUAAGAAAACAUUGAGAUGCCCCUGUCUGUGUUUGUGAAUUGGAGAGUUGGGCCUAAAACCUUUCUCUGGUAGCUUUCCAGAAGAUUGCCCCACCUUACACUUGCUUUCUGUGGGUUCCAGAGGCUUCCAUUUGAAAGGAGCCUCUCUCCCCACUCUGCCUCAGCCCACACCAGCUCUCCUGUAACCCACUGACUUUGUAAACGCUUUCUUCCACCUGCACCUCAUUGAAUUCAAGACUUUGGAAAAUAGUCAAAAAUUCUAAAAAGGUGGAAAUGUGUGUGAUCUGGAAAUCCCUGCUGUAAUAUUUUUAAUGGAAUCUACUGGAAACUAUUAGUUUAUAUUUUAAAUAAAACCAUCCCUUAGCACUAGAAUAUCAAGCCAUUCAUUUUUUAGCAGAACUUUGAGAUAUAAUUUAAAUACCAUAAAUUUCACCCCCAUACAGUGUACAAUUCAGUGGUUUCUAAUAUAUUCACAGAGGUCUGCAAAAACUACAAUUUAAUUUUAGACACUAAUAUCAUUUAUUGACAUCCUUACAUGCAUAUAGAUGUAGAUAUAUGUAAUUUUAAUAUCAUCUUGAAUAUUAUAGUAUUUAACGUACUAUAAUAAUAUCUGUGUUUUUAUAUUGCUGUUUUAUGUUGUUAUUUUGAAUGACGAUGAUCUCCAGGUACCUUUACACAGGUUUAAAAUACACCUUUUUACAACUCGAGAAAUUAAAUUGUUUCUAGCAAAUCACAUAAGAAACACAUAGGCUAUUGUUAUAAAAAUUCAAAUACUGCUUAGGUCUAUGGAAUGAAAUGUAUCACUGCCAGCGCCCUGCCCACUCAGUCAUCCACAUCCACUUACACGCAGAUAGACAUGCUCAUGUUUUUACAUGACGUAAUACUGCUUUGUGUGUUGUUCCCUGACUGGCUUUUCCAUGUAAAAUAGAAUGUGGUGAUCAUUGCUUAUGAGUGCAUAUAAGUCUCUCUCAUUCUUAUUUAUAGUUGCAUCAUUAUUCAACAGGGUAUUUGACCAUAAUUUGGUCACUUUUUCACUGUGGAAUUUUUAUGUUGGAUUCAGUUAUUUGUUACUGUUACCUAUACCUGUAUAUUCAUCUUUUUGGUACCUUAGUUAAGUGAGUUUUUUCUUUUAUGACUGAUUUCUAAAAAUAAAAUACUGAGGCAAAGUAUGAAUCUUUAAUUUUUUUUUUUUUUUUUGAGACGGAGUUGCGCUGUGUCGCCCAGGCUGGAGUGCAGUGUCGCGAUCUUGGCUCACUGCAAGCUCGGUCUCCCAGGUUCACGCCAUUCUCCCGCCUCAGCCUCCCGAGUAGCUGGAACUACAGGUGCCCCCCAACACCUGGCUAAUUUUGUUUUUGUAUUUUUACAAAUAACACGGGGUUUUACCGUGUUAGCAAAGAUGGUCUCGAUCUCCUGACCUCAUGAUCUGCCUGCCUCCGCCUCCCAAAGUGUUGGGAUUAUAGGCAUGAGCCACUGCGCUGGGCCAUAUUUUGAUAAAAAAUUAAAAAUCUGUGUUUCAAAAAAAUUUAAUGAUACUAUACUCCCACCAUCAGUAUAUGAGAGUUCCUAUUUCCACACACCCUUAAUUACAGAGGAAAUUACCAAAGCUAAUCUUGGCCAAUUUUAUGAUUGAGAAAUAUUUCUACUUUUAAUUUGGAUUUCUCCACUUAUUAGAGAGAUUGUGCAUUUUUACGUAUGUUUACUGGCCAUUUGUAUUUCUCGCUGAAAAUUUCAUAAUGAUAUGUUUUACUAGUUUUCUAAUUCAUGUAAUGAUAUUCUUUAUAUAUUCUGCACAUUUAUUCUAUAUAAUUAGCAAGUUUGUUUCUUAAGGUCUGUGUCAUAACUUUUAUUUUAUUUAUAUUAUCUUUGUUUUGAAGAAACUUUCAUUUUUACAUAGUCAAAUUGUUGAACAUUUUCCCUGCCAUUUCUGGAUUUUGUGACUUGCUUUCAAUAGUAUGUCCUUUUGGGGCUUUAUUGAUUUGUUUUGUUUAAAGAACAUGCUCAAAUCUUACAUUAUUUAGUAGUUUACUUUCUCCCAUUACAGUACAUGGACAUCACUAAUUCCAACUAAUGUAGAUCAAAUGUAUCAUUUGAAUUUCAGUGUAGUAAUGCGCAUUAUAGAUAAGUUCUGAUUUCUUUAUUCCCUAUUAGCUGGAUAUUAAGGUUGUUUUUAAAAAUUCCCACCACUAAUGACUUUUCAAUAAUCAUCAAUAUACAUGGAUCCCGUUGAUGUUUUUGUUUUAUAUUUCUUAUUUUCUGUAGUAUAGGAUUCUCAAAGUGGUGUAACUGACCUACGGUACAUUUUAAUUAUAAUUUUAAUUAUACUGGCAGAUUAUUUUCCAAAAAGUUGAUCAAUUCACACUCUUAUCAACUACAUAAGUAAGCCUCUUCCUAUGUAGACUAAAUAACACUAAAAGAUUUUUUUAAUAAAAAUGCUAAUUUGGCUGCUGAAAAAUCC